GUUUCGUUCCCGGUAUUCGCACAGGUUAGCACUUAAUUUGCUAGUAAAAUCAGUGGAGACUGCCGUCGUAGGAGACAGGAACACCGAGAGACGAGUCACCGUGACAUACAUCCAGCAACCUUCCAGUUUUAAUUGUCCCGUUUCAAGUAGUCGGGCUAGGAAAUAGUAGUGAAGUUUCCAGUGAAAGAAUAUGCCGUCACCACCUUUCCCGAUCGUUCUCUCUCCACCGCCAUUGGAGCAACUGCAACAGCAGCAUCAGGGUAUGCAGCAGCUGCAACAACAGCUGUUCCAGCAACAGCACCAGCAGCUCCAGCAGCAGCUCCAGCUUCAACAACAGCAACAGCAACAGCAACAACAGCAACAUCAACAAGAGCAUGGCCUCGCUGAACGUCAACAAUCCGUUGGAUAUAACCUUCAGCAUGAGUUUGAAACAUUGAAUGCAGACUUGGACUUGGACUUGAACCAGCCGUUAAUGCCUGCUUCUAGCGGCAGUGCCGGAGCUGGGGCUACUUCUGGGUCACUUCUUGGAUCCAAGUACUCUUCAUUUGUGGCUCCUCAACCAAGUAAUUCGUUUCUUCGUGAGACCAUUUCUCCUUCGCCUUCAGCUGGUUCUUCUGCCGCACUUGCCUCGCUUUUGAACAACAGUUCGACCAUGCUUCCACCUUUGGCAUCGAUCCCCAACCGUCCUCAAUCGGUACAAGACUUUCUGUUUUUACAGAAACCUCAACAUCACCAACUGGGCCAACAACUGACUCUGCAACACCACCCUCAUGCCACCCACACCCCACUGGGACUUCUGAACACAUCUAAUGCGUUCUAUCUGGAUCUUUUAACGUUCACUCUGUGGAUUGAAAACCUUUUGCCAAAUGACACCAACACCAUGAUUGACCACUUGUGCAGCACUCUCCCACUCGACGUAUUGGUUCUGUUCCGUAGUAAGUUGGAUGCUCAUUUGAACCCAUACCGUGGGUUGCUGUAUGAAAUGGACCGCAUGAGUUUGGAACGGUCAAACACCACCGAACCGCAGCUUUUCGAGAGAUACGAGCAACAGCCUCAACAACAUGGACAACACUCCCAUCUCCACCAACAACAGCAGCAACAGCAACAACUGCAACAACCUCCUCGUUACGACGGACAGUUACACCAACCUAAACCAAAGCCAAACUACCGUCCAGGUUCAUUUGAGAAGUUUGAUAAGGGUAGACCCAAGUCUGCUGACCCUCAUACCAGGUUCCUUGAUAGAAAGUCCCCAACUUCCCACUUGUACGAGAAGACCAACUUUUUACAAUUGGCUGCUGCCAGUAACCAGUCACCAGCACCAUCUGAUGGAUUAACCACAAACGGAAAUGGUAACGGAGGAACCAUCCCUUCUUCCUCAACAGGCCCUUCAACUAUGGCUGCGUCGUCUCAAGAAGACCUUUCCGGCCAUGCCGCGGCUCUCAAGCUUGGUGCCCUUGCCACUAUUAACCUGAGAGUCGCUCUUGACUCAAACCGCAAGAACUUUAGAAACUAUGAACAACAAAUGGGUAGAUUUGGUAUGUUGGGAUCACCUUCUGUUCCUAUGUCUAACAGUUCAGUCACGCCUCACAAGCAUGCGUCUCCUCCACACAAACCUAUGGUUCAACAACCACAAGCAAUGCAAGCCCAACAACAACAACAGCAACAACAGCAGCAACAACAGCAACAGCAGCAACAACAACAGCAACAGCAACAACAACAACCACAACCUCCACGUAGCGAGACUCCAUCCCUUCUUGAGCAAGUGAUGGGCGGAACCCCAUUGACCCCAAGCACAUCGACUACAUCGCUUUCAUCUUCAUCCAUGCCAGCUGACAUUGCCAACCCGGAAUUGCUCAACAAUAUCCCCGCUUGGCUCAAGUUGUUGCGUCUUCACAAGUACACCGAUUGUCUCAAAUCGACUCCUUGGAGAGAGUUGAUUGAAUUGGAUGACGUUGUUUUGGAAGAAAAGGGUGUGAAGGCAUUGGGAGCAAGAAGAAAAUUGUUGAAGGCGUUUGACGCAGUGAAACAGAAUAUCAAGUAGUUUACUGGAUAGAUUAUUGGUAGAUUACUCCAAGGGAGUAAGUACAUAGACUGAAAAGAGAGGUGUCCAAC